AUGGCGUCCGGACAUAACUCAGCGUUCUCCGCGACGUCAAUCCAGCACCGUGCUGUGGGUGAUGGACGGUCAUAUAAUAGCUUGGAGGAUAACACUGCAGACGGUAGCUGGGCCGAGUCCGCUACGCGAACCGGACGAAAUGCUCGUUCGGAGUCUGGAGGCAGCGCGACCAUUGGUCUCCGGGCAGGGUCAUUAGCCCCUUCUUCGGGGGCCCCUGGUAGCUUCAGCUCCGAGCUGAAGAGCAUGAAGACGUCGCGGAGCACUACCCCUCGACCCGAAGGUGCUCCCGCACGACGACCGAGCAGUCUAACGGAGCACGAUGAAUUGUCCAGCACCGAGGAGCGCCAGGCCGUGAUCCGGGACAAGAUCGCAAAAGAAAUGAAAAUCAAGACGGGGACGGAAAACAUGCUCGAGGCGCUCCUGGCGAAGAACCCGAAACAUACCAAAGAUCAGAGGCUAAGGGUGGAGUCGGAGCUGAGUUCAUCCAACCGCAAGCUUGCCGAACUACAUCAUGAACUGGAGGAGGAAAUGCUACGUGCGCAGGCGCCGUCCACCCCUCCCCGAAGUCGACUCUCAAGCCUUUUCCAAGGCGGCUCGAUGCGUUCGCCCACUCGGAACAAUAUACCGAUCGAGGAGCAGCAGAUCCCGGGUGAAGCGGAAAUGGAAUCGCCAACAUAUGUGCUUGCGGAAACACUCCAGGCCCUGGAAAUCGAGGGCAUGUCCCCAGAUUACUACGUUGAGCGUGCGAAUAGUCUGGUGGAAUUGUUCAAGAGACAUCCUACCUUGAAAUACGACUUGGAGUGGUCGGUGUUUGGGCUCCGUGUGCAAAUAAUGCUCUUGAGCGACAGCAAGGAAGCCGUGGCCGCAGGGUAUCGUUUGACUCGUUAUGCCAUCGCAGAUCGGAAGUCGUUGCAAAUCAUCCGGUCAUUACAUACAGACGAGCUGGUUAUAUUGUCCCUUGUCAAGGAAAGCAAGGCGAGCAUCGAGCGUGAGCAGGCUUUGAAGUUUGUUAGAGCGUUUUUGGACGUUAAAGAUGGCGUUCGGGAAAUCUCGCGUGCUGUGGUCAGAACGAUCGUCUCGGUUGCUGAACAUUACGAAGACCGACUCCGGAAUAUUUCCAUCAUGACACUAGCCGAAAUCUUGGUGAAGGAUCCGGCACUAAUUGCAUACUCUGGGGGCUUUGCCACUCUACAUGAUGCUUUAGCAGAGGGGACUUUUGGCGCCUCAGAAAGUCUGAUAGCAAGCUUCCUUCAUGUCCUUGAUACCCCUCACAGCAGGAAACAUCUUCGGGGAGGGUGUGAGCUAGAGGCUGUUCUCGCACCGUUCACUGACUCCUUGUCGGAUACUGUUCGCAAUGGGCGUCUUAAAUCGUCGGCUAGGGCGAUCUCUGCCAUGCUCAAGACGUGGCCAGGAUUGAUAGUUCUCGCGAGAAAUGGGGCCCAGCCUUUGCAGUCACUCUUGGACUCAUUACAUUACCCUGACCCACAGGCAAGGGAUCUCAUUAUGGAGCUUCUGUUCGAUGCGUUGAGGAUUAAGCCACCUUCAUGGUCCUCCUCAUUCCUCGCUGGUCGGAGAUUGACAACUUACGGAAGAGUAGCUAAUCUCAGGACUGAGACUGAUACAAAGCAAGCUCGAAGUUUUUAUGAUGACGAUGGGAAUAGAUUUGAUUUAACAGCACAUUUCUCGACUCUUAUCCUCGCAACCCUGGUGGAUGCAGGAUUGUCCAAGGCUCUUUCCGAUCUCAUUGAGGAUGAAACGGACCUGGCUCUUAGACGCAAAGCGACGUUGCUUUUGACCGAAGUCCUGAAGCUAGCACAUCACUCUCUGCCUCAGCAUAUCAGUGCGAAGCUCCAGGUCCUCCCGCAUUUGCUACCAGCCGCUAUAAAAUUCGACGUCGACAACCAUGAUGUUUCCACCUCAACUAUCUACCAGAUCGAAAGCAUAAACAGAACACUGGCCCGCUCUGUCGGGGGUGUUUCAAAUGGAGCGGGGCGUUACAACGUUGACGUUGACAUUUCUGCUUCAAUACUUACUGGCGACCAAAACAAGGAAAAACUGAGUCCUGCCAUGGAUGAGACUCAGUUCCGCAAUGCGAUCCUGGAGACCCAUGUUCUGAAUACUGUGAAUUACCUAAAGUGGAAGUGGGAUUUGAUCCACCGUAUUGUUGAGGGACCUCUGACCAAUCCCAAAAGACUGGAAGAAGGAAUCAAGGGUUCAAAGUUCAUGAAGCGACUUAUGGGUUUCUACCGGCCAUUCAAGUAUAGGUUCUCUAUGCUGCCGAACACAAAACCAAACCAACGUUAUGUCCGCACUGGUUGUGCGCUGAUGCGCACGCUGGUGCAAUUACCCGAGGGCAUCAAGUACUUGGCCGAGAACAAGUUCUUGAGGCAGGUUGCAGAGUGCCUUGCGCAGGUUGACCGCAUGAGCGGGCUGACAUCCUCCUCGCCAUUAUUCUCGAAAGAACAGAUGACCAACACAUUGAGCGGUGGAUACUUUGCAAUGCUGGGAGUCCUCAGUGGCGACGCCAACGGGCUUGCUAUGAUGGAGCGUUGGCACAUGCUCAACAUGUUCUACCAUAUUAUUGAGCUUCGGGAUCGAGACGACCUCAUACAAACACUGCUUGGUAACAUGGACUAUGCCAAGGAGAGUCACCUACGAGUCAUCCUCUCCAAGGCACUCACCACUGGCUCCAAGGAGAUUCGCAUAUUUGCGACCAGGCUACUUCGAAAAUAUGCGGUCGGAAACGUUCCCCUCUCCUCACAGUCGGCCACUGGCAAUGCGGACUGGGUGGUCAAGCUGCUAGUCACACAGCUAUACGACCCUGACGUGUCGGUAUGCCAAGUAGCUGUAAAGAUUCUCGAAGAGGCGUGCAAUCAGCGUCAUUAUCUCGAGUUCGUGGUCAAGUGUCGCCCUUCCCUCGAUCACUUGGGCGAAAUCGGUGCGCCGUUACUUUUGCGCUUUUUGUCCACCUCAGUUGGAUAUCAUUAUCUGGAUGGUCUCGACUACAUUACACAGGAAAUGGAUGACUGGUUUCUGGGUCGUAACGACGCAUAUGUGGGCCUUGUUGAAGCCGCGCUAUCGCGUGCCUACGUCGAUCAACCGCGUCGGAACAGUUUUGUCCCUGAAGAUCUUGUAGAUCUACAGGACAUCGGACUAGUGCCUCCCCAUUUCUAUAGAGAACUCGCUCGGACAGCAGAAGGCUGCAAGCUUCUGGAGCAGUCAGGGCACUUCAAUGAGUUUGCGUGGACCAUCCGCGAUUUUCAGCUGGAUGAAGAAGACACAGAGGCUCUUCUCAAAGUGAAAGGUUGCCUUUGGGCCGUUGGUAAUGUCGGCUCCAUGGAGCUCGGUGCGCCGUUCCUUGAGCCUGAUAUUGUCCAACACAUUGUGAAGAUCGCCGAAAGCGCCGAGGUUCUGACGAUGAGAGGAACGGCCUUCUUUGUUUUGGGUUUAAUCUCGCGCAGUCGACAUGGUCUUAAGGUCUUGAGAGAUUUCGGAUGGGACUCUGCUCUCGACCACAAGGGAAAUUCUUUGGGGCUGAGUUUACCGACCGACUUCAACAAGCUCUUCUUGGUUGAUUUCCCAAGCCAUUCCCGGAACCCUGACUCGAAGCGCACGUCUCAGGAGAAAUUCAAAGAAGCGGCCAUGGACACGGAUCCAACUAACCAGAAGAUCUUGAAGUUGAUAGUCGAUAUGGGUAAUACCGUGUUAUCCAAGCGGGCUGCGGCAGACCUCCACAAGUAA